AUGAGCUUGCAACAAGAACAAGACGAGGAGCUACGGUCCAUUCGCGAAUCUCCUGAAUUUCCGCUUUCUAUGAAGCGAAUUCAAUGGGGGCCGACGCAUACUACACUUUACUGCGAAAUGACCGGCGAGGCAAUCCGUUCCUAUAUACCGGCAUCUUUACGAGAUCGCGUUUUUCACUUGUUCCAUGACGCGGCUCAUCCGGGUCCUAAAGUCACUGGGUCAUCGGGUAAUCCGUCAACGUCAAAAAUAAUCCGACACGUUCAAUUACAUCCUGAAAAAUUUGUCGCAUCCGACGGGCGUUUCGAGCACGUUCACAUGGAUCUAAUAGGUCCCUUGCCUGAGUCGGAUGGGUACAGAUAUUGCGUGACGAUGAUUGAUAGAUUUUCGCGUUGGCCAGUAGCAAUACCUCUGAAAGACAUUGAAGCCAUUACAGUGGCACAUGCGUUUUACGACAACUGGGUAGCAAAUUUUGGAGCAUCCAAAACGCUGAUCGGUUGUCAACGAAUUCGUAUCACGGCGUAUCACCCCGCCUCGAACGGUAUGAUCGAGCAGUGGCAUAGAAGCUUAAAAUCUGCGAUUAUGUGUCAUGCUAAUGAAGGUUGGUCACGAGUACUUUCGACUGUAUUAUUAGGUCUGCGUACUCAUGUCCGCCUUGACACCGGCGCAUCGCCUGCGGAAUUUGUUUAUGGAACGACGCUGCGCGUCCCCGGAGAAUUUAUACUGCCGGACGACUUCACUCCUAAUCCGCAAAUUGAGGAGUUCCGCGAGCAUAUGCGCAAAGUUAAGCCAAUCUCGAUAGAGCAUAAGCACAAGAAACGCGCAUUCAUCAAGUAUUCGACAUUGAUGUUUAACAGGCACAGGGAUACACAGCGCAGUGUAUCGGUCGAAAAUUUAAAACCAGCGUAUAGCAUACGCGAUGACUUAUGUAGUACAACCCCAGAAGCAGAGCAAUCAACCAAGUCGUUCAGCAAUGAGCAACCAGCUUUAAAAACGUAUGCGCGUCCAAAGAAAAAAGUCACCUUCGCCAUAUAA